ACUCGCUGCGGCUGAUCGGAGAUAAUAAUCUUUUGACACUGUAUCCACAGUUAGCUCAUCAAGCCGCACCGCGAGAUCCAAAAACCAGACGACGCGAUCCUCAUUUCCCGAAAGGGGCAUACAUCUCGUCUGUCUGCCUCUCCCCCUCCCUAACGUGGUCCGCAGACGACGAGGGCGCACUGGUAGCGAUCUAGAGUCGAUCGCGAAAUACGAUUACAGAAUCCACUCUUCCGGUAGCCAGCGUGGUUCUGCUGCGACAAGAUCAGAAUCCCACACUGACAUUUUCUCGUGCCGCACAAGAUGACUUCGUUUCUACCAGUGAACAAUAUCCCCGCGCCUCGGGAUCACACCAUGGAUGAUGCUACGACACCUACAACUCCUCGACCGAACUCGACUAAUCUACCUAGAAAACACGAGAGCUCUCCGCAAUCACAAACGAAAAAUAGUGAAGACGGCACUCAAAAUACACAGAACUUGGCUGAAGAAGGCUCCCGGUCGAAUGAUACGGCACAGUCGAACUCGGCUUCUUCGAAUAAAGAAAGCCGCUCCCCACAGCAAGCUACAGACGACAACGCUGCUGAAUCAGAUGGUGAUCGGGAUGGUUCUGGAAACGAGUCUGAUCAUGGUGGAUCUGGGCCUCCUUCAAAGAAGAAGAAAGGACAGCGCUUCUUCUGCACGGAUUUCCCGCCUUGCAACUUGAGCUUUACCAGAAGUGAGCAUCUCGCGCGGCACAUUCGGAAGCACACUGGAGAGCGUCCCUUCCAAUGUCAUUGUUCCAGACGGUUUUCACGCCUCGACAACCUGCGCCAGCAUGCUCAGACUGUUCACGUCAACGAAGAGAUCCCUGGCGAUUCCCUUGCCGCCACAGGCACCCGAUUUCAACGCCAGAUUCGUACGGACCGCGUUCGACCUCAAGGCAGAGCGCGAGCAGGUACCGCAGGCAGUCAAGGAACACAUAGUCGGGGUCAUAGCAGAAAUCUUUCCGCUUCCAGCAUCACCUCGACAGCGUCCACUUUCAGUCAGAGCCAGGACAUUCGACGUCGGCCUCCACCUUUGAUUAUGGCCAAUGACGGCACGGCAAGGGCCAGGUUGACACUGGACACGAUGGGUGAACCUCCGACUACACCUCCCGCCCAGAUUCGAGUUGGACCGCCAGGUCAGUCUCCUAGUGGACCGCAUUAUGCACCUGCGAGUGCGUUCCCUUCUGCCGGCGGCAGUCCUCAUUUCGGCUCUCCCAUGUCGAGCACUUCGCAUGCUUCUGGAUUCUGGGACGGCAAGACAGCUGCCCGCCGUUUGUCUGUCCCAUCAGGACCCAACCCAUUCAUUCCUCCUCAUGGCACCACAUAUCCUCCCACCUAUGUCAGUUCUCUGCCUCCCUCUCAUCCUUCAUAUUCAAACAGCGGCGUCUUUGCUAGCCCUGCCAGCUCGAAUUACUCUUUGUCGCGGGAAGAGCCCACCCUUAGCCCCGCUGAAGCGGAGUUGCGGAGGAGGACGUGGCACCCCUCGACUUAUUCUGGCUAUCCCAGACCCGCGACAAGCGGUUUGAGCCACUACCAGACCCCCGAGACUCUGCAACCCGCGUUCGGGUCCGGCACCUCAGGGGAACAGCCACCUCGGCUGCCAGGUAUUGAGAGCUUCGACAAAGUGAUCCCACAGCAUCGGCCAAUGACACCCCCGGUUCGUAAACCGAGCCCAAUGCAGAUUGACGGUGGAGGUAGACCGCAGGGAAUUACGCCAGGCUUUGCUCCCCAUGGACUACCAACUGUUCGUCCGCCACCUCCGAUCUCCGGCCCAGGACAUCGACGGGGCCAUGUUUCCUGGGACAUGUCUCUGCACAGACUCGAUAUCUCCGACAGACCUUCGCCGAGAGAUCCGCCGCACUGGGGAUCAAGCAGCAUUCCCGAAAGUCACAGUACAGUGUCGCGUACUUUUGGUCCAUACGGAGUGAGUCGUGACCAUCCGGACAACCGUGAGCCGGGCCAGGCUCCCGAACCGAGCACUCCGCAGAAUAAGAGAAGCUCAUGGUAUAAUGGACCGCCAUCUAGUAAUGUCCCUGGCUCUCAGGCGAAUCGUACGUCUCCUGAAGAUUCCAGCAGCAGCGAGGGUGUGACCACGCCCUCGACCUCCUCCCUCGAGUACCAUCCAGCUAUAGUACACAGCAAUGGUUAUGUGGAGCCUCACCAUCCACCGCUCCCGGUUGAAGCAUCUCACAGUGCCUGUGCUCCACUCCCUCAUCCAGCUCCUGGUUAUCAAACGAAUCCUGGGAACGGCGCACGUUCAGACUUCUUCGGGGCUUCUUCCAACCACGGAGGUGGCAUGGGUCGCUUGGAGGCUCUUGUGGCUGUUGCAACCAGUGAGAAUAAAGGGGGAACAAAGCUCUACAUUUGAGAGGAGACAGAUAAUACAUGAUGAAUUGUCAUAUACUCGGCCAGGCUGUUGAUACUUCCUCGCAGGAGAUUAGCAGCGAUUGACCCCCCUUUUUCGUGUGUGCCGAAGACUAUCCGGCCUUCCGGUUCCUUACGUCGGUCUUUUCUUUUCUUUCUUUUUUUCCCCGUCUCCUUCGGUUUGAAAUAAGGGUACUCUCUGGUAUCUACCUCUCCUUCUGUCG